AUGUCCGCAGUAGCAAUGGGUUAUCCAACACCCAUCCUUCUCAACUGGAAACGCGAGUUCAAUAGACCUGCGUGGCACUUUGCAGGAAGUCACAUCGCCAAGCUGGAAAGUUUACUAGCAGCUAUCGAAGUGUUACUCAAGACAGGCAGUGAGGAUGAUGUUGCGGUUAUGGUGGAUGCAUAUGAUCUGUGGUUCCAACUCCCGCCUUCUGUGUUAUUGGAGAGGUAUCAUCGUCUUAAUCGUGAGGCGGAUGAUAGAGUGCGCAGACAGUGGGCAGAGCUCAACAUCAGCGCUGACUUUCCUAUAUCGCCGCCGAAGCAGGAUAUCAUCAUCACCACAGCAAAAGAUUGCUUCCCAGACGCAUACUCCGGUUCUAAUCCCCACUACGAACACUGGCCUGAGUCGCCUAUGCCGAAAGAUAUGUACGGCCCCGACACCGAUAAAGUCCCCUGGUCUUUCGACCCAGCACGCAAAUACAAGAACGUUCGUCCAAGAUGCGUAAACAGUGGUCUCAUAAUGGGUUCUCUGGGCGCUUUGAGAUAUGCGCUACAAAGAUCGAAGGAGAAGAUCGAUACCGUUACAAUGAAGGGACGACAACUUUGGAGUGACCAGGCUCUUAUCGGCGAAGUCAUUGGGGAUCAAGAGAUUUAUCGUGAGUGGGUGAGGCAUCUUGGAUCAUCAUGGAAUGGCUCAGCAGCUGUCAAUACUCCCAGUCAUGAAAUCCGUAAAAUUGCAGAUGCAGCACUCCUUGGUCAACGAUUCGAAUUCGGUAUUGGUCUGGACUACAACUUCACCACCGCACCACCAACGUGCUCAUCCGAAGAAGACGGUUACUUCGUACAUCUUAGCAACGAAGUCAACAUUCACAAAGAAUCUCAAAAAGCAGGUGUCCCCGGCCCUAUCCGUACGAAUGGUAUACCACCUGAAAUACAAUCCAUAAACGACACUAUCCUCUCAUCUAUAAACUGGGGCGCAAUCCCUCUGUACACAGAUUUCUUCUUCGGCACAACACCCAUAGCAAUCCAUCACAACGCCUACGUCAAUGGUCUUAAGAAAUCUAGACUAAGGGAUUGGUGGGACAAGAUGUGGUAUCACGCACAGCUGCGACAUCUCAUCACCCAGCGCCUCAAGUCCCCCGUCGGACUGUUGGCCGAACUAAAUGAUGAAACAGACAAAAUCGUGUACACAGCACCACAAGAGUCCAAACCACUUGUGUUCAGCCCCCUAGCGCCAAAUUUCACGCCGAUAGAUUGGAACGUGGUAUGUCAAAAGCCAGGACACGGCGUACCUUGGCACGAGGAACUAUUCAGCGACGACAAAGGUCCUCUGGAAAUACCACGAGAAUAA